AUGCCCAGCCAUCGUGUGACACCAGAACUCGUUAUGGCCCUUUAUGCUACUGCCUACUUUAUCGUGACUAUCACAGUCGCAGUCUCCUCUGGCAUCCACGUCAACCCAGACGACUACUUCACCGACAGCAACUUCACUAUCUUCACCUACCACCUGCCAGAAGACGCAGAUUUCAACAUGACCCUGGAUUACAUGGGUUUCACCGAUGUACCACCAGAUGGCGACUUCAAUUACAACAGCUAUGAUAUCGUUGGUGACAAAGACAAGUCACACAUGACCAAAACUCCUAAACCAACCAACAGACCUAGAGAAGGGGAUGAGCGGGAUAAGAUUGAGUUGUUUCUGGAGAUGGUUGAGGAGUAUGAGCAAAACAAGGAUAAGUGUAAACCGGGAACUGGCUAUAUCCUCGGUUCAGGUGUCAUCAAACAAUACGGUCUUAACCGGUUCAAAUCUCUUGCCAUGAUCGCCGUCAACCGAGCCAAUUUUUUGACUCGUAUCUGGAAGGUUGUGGAGAAGGAUGUUCUCCAUUCGGAAUACUUGCUGUAUUCACAGGUAAGGUCGAUCGUGGAGUCUGACCCCGAUAUCUUUGCUGCAGGCAACUGCUACGAUAAGGACGAGUUUAAAAACUACCACCUGUUUUGUCCGUUUGCUUAUCGACUGGAGGAUGGCAGGAUCAACGUGAAGGACCUGUCUUUGGAGUACGACUACCUGGGCAACACAUCGGAGUUUUUCUUCAGUGCUCGACAGAAGGCAGCACACCUGGACAAUUUUAAUUUCACCAAGGGUAA